CGUCGAACGCGGUUGGUCGGUGUUUCGGGACGGUUACAACGGGCAGAAGGUAGAAGGAGUCGUAUGAGUGGUACACGAGUAGUACGCCAUUAGUAUUUAGUGACGCCACGAUUCGUCUUUUUCGUCUUUUCAGCCGGUUUUUCACCUUUCUCACCAUAGCGUUAGGUGCUACAUAUGCAAAAUGAGCGACAUCGAGCGCAGCGGAAGUCGCAGCGCGAGUCCAAGGAGGCCACGAACAGCCGACGGUGGUCCUAGAGAAUCUCGUUCUCGCUCGCGGUCGCGUAAAUCACGCGAGCGCAAGGAAGGCCACAGGCCUGGAAAAGAGUACUCGAGAUCGCGGAGCCGUUCGUUAUCACGAGGUCGCAAAUCGUACCGUGGCAGCAAAUAUGCAGGGCCGGGUCAUCGUGGCAGUAGUCGCAGCCGAAGCCGUUCCCCACGUGGACGUUACUCCCGGAGCAGGUCUCGAUCGUACUCUCGUUCGCGCUAUUCUCGCGAGAGAGACAGGAACAUUUAUCGAUCGCACUCCCGUAGCCCCAUGUCGUCGAGACGGCGGCAUGUAGGCAACCGGGACAACCCAUGUCCAUCGCGGUGCCUGGGAGUAUUUGGUCUUUCUAUCUAUACCACCGAGCAACAGAUCCAUGACAUCUUUUCAAAGUAUGGACCUGUCUGGCGUGUACAAGUUGUCAUCGAUGCUAAGACUGGACGGUCACGAGGAUUCUGCUUUGUAUAUUUUGACUCGUCCGAAGACGCUAAAGUAGCCAAGGAGCAAUGCACAGGAAUGGAGAUCGAUGGACGACGAAUAAGAGUUGAUUUCUCCAUAACUCAACGAGCCCAUACUCCCACCCCAGGAAUAUAUAUGGGCAAACCAACUCAUCUACAUGACAGGGGGUGGGACGGGCCCAGACGUAGAGAAAGUAGUUACAGGGGAAGCUAUCGCCGUUCUCCCAGCCCUUACUACAGCCGACGACGUUCACGGUAUGAUCGCUCCAGAUCACGCUCCUAUUCUCCACGUAAGUCUAAUAAUCAUAUGGUUAUUGGCAAUUCCUCCUACAAUAUGGACGGUCUACAUGGUUAUGCCUCGGCAUUAUGAAUAUAAUUAUGCAGUGGAAAAAAGCAAGCAAGAUGGUGACAUUUUUGAUUCCGUUAUGCUUUCGGUUAGCGCGCACUCGGAACAAUGUUAAACAUAUUUUCGGCUACCUUAAAAUUUUAUAAUCAUUUAGGAUAUGAUUGAAAGAUAUUAAGUUUCUGCGCGUAAGUUUGUGUUCGGACAUUAUAUUUACAUAUAGACGAGGGAGGUAUCAGCAACUGUUUAGAAUAACAAUAGCUUUUAAUAAUAUAUCAAUAGUCGUUAUCACUGUAAUUUCCAUGAAUUAAGUUCGAUAUUGUUUGCGGCAAUAGGUUCCAAGAGUGUACAUUGUUCUCGAUCAUUUUACAAAAAAUUUUUUAAUAAAUGAUACGUAUUACACCAACUUUUAUAUUACAUGGAUGCAUAAUUGUAUUGCUUCAAUGCUGAAGCAUGUCCUCGUGUAGACAAUCCGUAUUUAUUUCACUGAUCACGUGAAUCCCAGUAAUGGUAAUCGCUUUAGUGGAAUCGUUACAAAAAUGAAAGAGUGUGAGAAAAAUAGAAAGAGGUGAAAGAAGGUGAGGGAGGGUGAGAAAGAAAAAAUGAAAUAAAGGUAAAGAAAGUGAAAAGCGAACACGAAGAAGCAUCGCGAAAUUCAUCCAAUAAACCGUACGGUAGUAGCUAAGCGUAGCCCAUAACGUGGCUCAAACAAUCAUGGUUUUUGUUGCUUAAUGAAUUUCAGGUCGGUAUUAAGUGACACGAGUGUGAUGCGAGAGGCCAGGUGUUGGGAGCCAUUUGUGUGUGACUUGACUUGACCCUUUGAACCCAAUUACUUCUAACUAAAUACGGGGUCAAAAAUGCAAACGCUACAUUCUAUAAGCUAUUCUUACCUUACAUCAUUCUGCACCGUAUCACGUUAUUGAAUUAUUAUUACGUUACAGCGGGAUAAUCCCUGCCCCACGAGUAAUUCAAUUGAUUUAAGUUGAUCUGAAAGAAUUGUCGAAGUACUAGUGUGCGUCGAGCAAUUUGAAUAUGAAAAGUAAGCUGAAACACGGAGUGAACAAUUGGAAAAAUACCCGAACUUUUCGUGUAGUUGAUAUGGUAAGGUCAGAAUGGACAAGAAACCUUAUUUUCAUAAAGCCGAUAUCAAUUCUCUUAUAUUAUGGAAAUAAGGUUUUAGUUACUCUUAUUCGUACGGCUCUAAUGUGAAGGUUGGAAUACGAUUAAGCAUUUCAAUAUUUUAGCGUUUUAGUUUGGCUGUUCGUUUAUUCUUUUUUUCCAUAACUGUAUGUAUAAUUUGCUUGAAGUUGUAUUCCAGCCGUUAGACGGUAGAGUACUGUUUAAAACGUAAACAGUACAAAGCCGCAAAAUGUGGUAUUCUUAGAGAUUUAAAAAAAAAUGAAAGAAAGAAAGAAAACAAUAAACCUGCAAACUAGACGUAAGUCUUCUAACAUGUUUGUUUGUUUAUAAGGUUUUGAAUCAAGAGGUAUUGGAUGAUAGAGGGAAGUUUCAAGUUUCACUCUGAAAAAAUGAAAAGUUUUGCAAAGAAAAGUCGAAGACAAGAAUUUCUGAAGAUCUUUCACUCUUGCUCGAAUUUCAAGAUCCGAAGGUUUUUCGCGCUCGUGACAAAGAAUAUGAUCUGCAUACGAUUCAUUUCCGGCUGAGAAGUCUCAAGCCUAGAAAGAAGAGAGCUACGAGGGCAGUAAAAGGCAAGCCUCAAGAGAGAGAGAAUCAGAAUCAUUGGGCGUUGAAGCCCAAAAUCAUAUUCAACUGGCAACUCGGUGUCGAAACAAAAACUCCUUCGAACUGGCUUUCCAGUUUCCGAAAAUGUUAUCAAGAGCCAUCGAAAUCUUUUAUAACUAGGGACCGAGCAAAAGGGCUGCCGCUCCGAAGGUUUAUAUACCGAUCAUAUUCUUUAUCAGUUGGUUCUCAUUGCAGAGAUACAUCCGUUUAUUAGACAUCGUUAUUGAAUAAAUAAAACGAUUAUAUAUGAUCGACCCAUCACGAUCUUCCCGAUAAUCCUAAACAUCCCUCCACCAUUCCAAAACCUCUAGUCCUAACCCCCUCGUUUAUUGACUACGUUUACACGAUGGUCUUAAACCGGUUUACAAUUAGUUAAUACUGGUCUAAAGGAAUAGACAAAUCGGAGACAUCUUUACUUUUAAGGAAAAUUUGGGUUUGGUCAAUUCCUUUAGAUCAGUAUUAACUAAACCGGUUUAAGACCAUCGUGUAAACGUGGUCAUUGUUACUUAACCCCGACCAUCACUUUCAUUAGUUUCUCACCAACUCGCUUUCCUCACUCAUCACUUUACAUCUUACUCUUAUGCUAAACCUACCACGGUUUUAUGUCCAAUACCUUGAUUCCUAUUCGUAAUGAGGACAUCCUUAUUCCUUUUUUUUUUUUCAUUCAUCUAGCGCGUAAGUCACCGGGCGUUCAAUAAAACGGUCAACAAAUAUUGACUUUCGUACAAUAUACUACUUGUGUUAUUUAUUUCUAUUUGCGUAACUUAUUCGCACAUGAACAGCAUUCGUAAACUUGUGACGUGAAGUCAUUUAACAAAAUUGAAUAAGGACAAGCGCAAAUGUAAAACACUGAAUUCAGAAGUUCUCAGGCCUAACAAAUUUACAAUAUGCAAGAAUGCAUUUACGGUUUCACCUGCGUGAAGUGGCCGGCUAACUUUUAUUUUUUAAACUUUUUCUUAUUCCAAUCGUUUGAUAGUCUUGCAAAAUUAUUCGAUAGUCAAUAGUUUUUUCAGAAAAUCAAAAUCAAAAUCUAAUUUGAAGUUAGCCCGCAUUUUUUGGUUUCUAACCGAAGUUAGUUCUUCCGGGCCUCAAUCAAUACAUAAUUGUUUGAUAGUUGCGAACUAACUAAUAAAAGCGUUUGAUAGUCCACCGUUUGCUAGAAAAAUGAAAAAAAAACCGAUAUGCGAAUCGAGGAUCCCAGUCGAUUCAUCGAUCAGUGUAUACACUGAAUUAGACCAUAUUGCAAACUUUUUCUACUUCCAUUCGUUGGAUAGUGCUGUAAAAACGUUUGAUAGUCAACGUUAUGUUCAGAAAACCCAAAUCAACGUGUAGUGUGAAGUUGAAUGAAGCGAUAAAACGUUUCUGAGUACCCCGUUUCAACUAAUCAGAGCAUUGCCAACCUCACACCAGAUUUUAAUUCUCUGAAAAAA